AUGGCACGAUACGGAAGACGGAGUGGCGGCUCGAUGGAGUUCUGCUGUUGCUAUCUUCCACUUGUCAAUGUAGGCGCCUACCUUCUUGUCCUCGAGACUGCACUUGUUAGUCUUGCUGUCGGCAUUUGCGCGCUUGCACCACCCGCCAUUGUCGCUGGUCAAGGUGUCGUGCCGUCCUGGUCGAACAAACUCGUCGCAGCCCUUGGUUUCAUCACCCUUGUUUGGCAGAUGCUCGGUCUCGUUUCCGUUGCGCGUCAAAAGCCCACCCUCUACCGCACCUAUCUCCGCAUCAACACCGUGCUCACAUUCGCCAUCAUCGCUGCCACCGUCGCCUUCCUCGUCGUCGCAGCGGCACAGCAUAACAAGGCAAUCACUACAUGCGUCAACACGUACGGCGUCAUGCCUGCCACUUCUACCUCAUCUUCUUCCAUUUCCCUUUCAGAUGUUUCCGGUGAGUCUACCGAUGCCUUUUCUCAGGAUGGCAGGUCGAUCUGCAACCUCUUGAUCUGGGUUCAGACAGGUGUCAUGGCUGGGUUGAUUGUAUUGAUGGCUUUGACGCAGAUCUAUAUGUUGGCUGCUCAGAGGGCGUACGGUGGAGAGCAGAGGAAGGCGUUUCGGGAUAGCAAAGCUAGCUAUCAGGACAUUCCGAUGAACCCGAGGGAUUCGGCGGUGUGGGAGCCCAGUCCGACUGAUCAGUAUGGAGGAUAUGCGGGUGGACAGCACCAGGGUAGUUAUGCGAGGGAUGGCGGGUACGGUGAUGGAGCCAAUGCUUAUGACUCGUAUGCUACUACCCCUGGUGGAAAGCAUGCCCAUACGCCCUACUAG